AUGGCUCGCGGUUACGAUGUGCGUGGUGGGAACAGUGCUGGAGGGUUGGUCGCGCUGGCCGCGGUUGUGGUGCUGUGGGUGGCUUCGUCGUUCCUGUUGAAGACGCUGUUCACGGUGUACAGAAAGCCGCUGCUGGUCACGUACUGUUCCGUGUCGUCGUGUACGUUGUACCUGUUGCCGAGACUCGUGCGGUGCGGUUGGAGCAGGCGGCGGCGCUGGAGCAGGUGGCAUGGUAGUGUUGUGGAUGAUACGGAGUUGACUCCGCUGCUGAGUAAAGAGAGCGAGGGAGAUGAUAAGAUCUGUGGGGGCGAUGGGCAGGACGGUAUGUCUGUGCGGGACACUGCACGGCUCGCAGCGGUGUUCUGUCUGCUGUGGGUUGGGGCGAAUGUGGCGACGAACGCGGCGCUCGCGUACACGACGGUGUCCGCACAGACGAUCCUUUCGUCGACUGCGUCGUUCUUUACGCUGCUGUUCGGGGCAAUUGCCCGUGUGGAGAGUGUCACCGGUAGGAAGCUCGUGGGGAUCGCAGUCUCUUUCACUGGGGUCGUCAUUGUUGUAGCAUGGGGGCACGCAUCACCAGCAGUACAGGAGCUUUCCCUGGGGCAGGUCCCAGUCUCCUCAACUUUGAUAGGGAACGUGCUUGCACUGACCGGUGCAGUGAUAUACGGAGUGUACAGUACACUGUUCAAGCGUGCAGCGACACACCGUUCACAGUCUACAGUGGACGUACAACUAUUCGUUGGGUUUGUCGGCCUGUGCACUUUGCUGCUGCUGUGGCCAUUGCUUAUCGUGGCGCACUACGCUGGGUGGGAAACCCUAGAGUUACCAUCACGGUCCACAGUGGCUCUCCCUGUAGUUGUACUCGGAAUAGCUGCGAACUGUACACUCACAAUAGUGAGCGAUCUGUGCUGGGCACACGCCGUGUACCGCACACAGCCUCUUACAGUCACACUGGGGCUCUCGGGGACGAUCCCGCUCGCGAUGCUCGUGGAGUACCUCGUGGGGGGGACACAGACCGUCACGCGGGCGUACGGUCUCGGUGCGUUGCUGGUCGUGUGUUCGUUCCUUCUCACGGCGACGGUAACGGAGACACCGAAGACAGAGGCAUCGACACCGACACCGACACCUCCAUAA